AUGCCGCCGCUCGCGUCGACGAGCGAUCUGAAGCUGGUUUGGCUCGAGGACUUCGUCGCGAGGUUGACCAAGGCUGCGCUGCCUGGUGCUCAUUUGAGCCUGGUGCUUCCCUGGUUGAGACGCAGGGGUGUUGAUGGCGGUAACUGCCUUGUCAAGAGCUUCGGUGGGAACCAGAACUGUUCCAACAUGUCCAACACAGGAAUCAACUGGCUCGCAGCGAGCGUUACGUCAAGGACGGGCUUCGAUGUGAAGGACAUUUGGUACGAGGGUCACUUCAUCCCCAAGAUCCCCAAGGGCUCGAUGCCUAUCCCCAAUGUCUGGGCCAUGGACCGGGACCCGGACAUAUACGGCCUGGAUACCCAUCACUUCAACCCGGCGAGGUAUCUUGAUCAAACGACUGGCCAACUCAAGACGCUGCCUGCGGAGACGAAAGAUCAAGUACACGUCACAUUUGACUACGGCCGCCAGAUUGAGAACGAGGACCUCUUCAUCACCAUGGCGACGGGACUCUGGACGAUCAAAACUAAGCCGGAAGUAAGAUACAAUGCGCUUGGUGUCCCUAUAGACAUCUAUGGGUGUGUCUACAACGGUGUCAUCGUAUCUCGAUUUCCUGAGGCGGUAAAGGUUUUGAAGGCCGCCGAGGAUGACGGCGUUAGUUGA